AGCUCCGUCCCCGUGCGUCGACACGCCCCCGUGGUUGGUGCUGUCCGGUGCUGUGGUGCUGAACGCUGUAUACCAGAGCGGUAAACUGCCUGCAGCGCACUGGACUGUCCGUCUGCAGGCAGAUAUUCUUCAUGGAGAAAAGACGGGGAUCUCCCUGGAUAAAAAGACCUAAAGUUCAGAAGGAUGAUCAGCAAGGAUCACACAGUGGAUAACUAUGAAAGAAACGUUUCUGAAGCUUUUUUUCUUUUGAUUUUCGGGAUUUUCUAGUCACAUCCCUGCUUGGAGAUACAAAACUUGCCACCAACAUGAUUUGGGGUGUUUUGCUGUGUUGCCUUUUAACGCCGGCAGCCGGAUAUCAAAAACAGGGUCGACUGCCUUUCUUUCAUGGACAUAUUUUUGAGAACUCGCCAGCGGCUUCGAAAGUAAACGGACUCAGCAUUCCAGUGAAGCGCAUCGACGCGCAAAAAUGGUGCCCGCUGACCGGGAUGCACUUUAAAUUGUUUGGAAAUGGCAGUGAGGAUUUUCGUGUCUUUGCGCACCACAAGCGGGGAAAUGUGUUGCUGAAAACUUCCAGGGUUUUAGACAGAGAGACGCGCUCAGAAUACCUGCUGAGCGUCGAUUUGUGUUGCCAGACUUGCGCGUCGGAAUCUGUCAUUUUCCAGGUUGCUUUGGUGAAAGUGGACGUGUUGGACACCAACGACCACGAACCGACCUUACUGAGCACAGACAAUGUUCAUAUAAGUUUAGAUGACACCACUGCGCUCCGUAGUGUUGUUUACAGACUGGAAGCUGUCGAUGAAGACAGCGGGAAAAACGCAGAGUUGACGUAUACCUCCAUACCAAAAAAUGGCAGUUUCUAUGUUGUUCCGAAGACGGGGGAAGUUUUGCUUGUUGACUCUAUCUUGGGCCUGCUUUCUACUAUACAAUUAUAUAUUUACGUGCGAGAUCACGGCUGGCCCCCUUUGAGCAGCAAAGCUGUGUUAAUUCACAUUUCUCCAAAACGAUGGAUGACGCGCCAGGCUGAUUUAGUGGGACCAGGGAGGACAGGACGAUUACCGAGGGCGCUCCUCGAGUCCAGCACCGUGCUUUCCCUAAAUGUUUCUGAGGAUGCCGGCGUCGGCUCAGUUCUAAUGAGUCUAAAUCCCACCAGGUUUCAGUCAGCCGCCUACGAGCUCAUUUAUCCGGAAUCAGAGAGCUCUCCAGUCACCGUGGGCCGCGACAGUGGAGAUAUAACAGUAACCCGGAGGCUGGAUAGGGAGACGGAGCCUUUCCUGGAGCUCACUGUUAAGAUUCAAGACAAACGAGGCCCUGAUUGGUACCUGAACAAGGUGAAACUGGCAAUCACUGAUGUCAACGACAACGUCCCUGAGUGGAAUAUGAAACCAUACCCGUACUUGGCUGUUGUGUCUCCUGAGGCAGCGGCAGGAACAUUUGUGUACCAGCUACAGGCAACUGACGAAGAUGAGGGUAAAAGUGGAGAAGUGGAGUACUUCUUGUCAGAUGGGGGCGAUGGCUGCUUUGCUGUUGACAAGAAGACAGGACAGGUGGUGACCACGGGGCUGGUUCUUCAGAAGGAGAGAGAGUACCUGCUAAGUGUGGUUGCCCUUGAUGGCUUGGGAAGCCACAGCGCACCUGCCAUGGUAUCUAUAGUGGCAGGGGCCCGAGCACCGCAGUUCACCAACACCAGUUAUGCCAUUACCAUACCGGAGAAUACCCCUGAAGGACAGCCCUUCCUUGCGGUAUUAGCUAUUUCCUUCCAGAAGGAGCAAAUCAGCUACAGCCUGCUGAUCAAUCCCAGCAGCAUUUUCAGCAUUCGGCAGGACACUGGAGAGAUCAGCCUUACCAAGACACUGGAUUAUGAGAGUGACCAGAGACGCUACCUUCUGAUGGUGCGAGCUAGUGAGGAGCCUGGGAGCUUGAGCACUGCCACAGAGGUUCAGGUGUUGAUAACGGAUGAGAACGAUUGUGUCCCAGAGUUCCUGCAGUCCAUCUACAGUGUAGAUGGAGUGCCUGAGACAGUAACCACAGCAACAUCUCUACUGCAGGUUUUAGCCACAGACUGCGACUCGGGAUUAAACGCUGAGCUCACCUAUUACACCCUGAGCCCGGAUUUCAGCAUUUCACCUCACGGGACUGUUUUCCCUGCAAGGCGGCUCGACUAUGAGAGGCCUAACCAUUUGUAUGAGUUUGUGGUGAUGGCAGUCGACAGCGGGGAUGAGCCUCAUUCUGGCACCACCACGGUUCGUGUGAGGAUGGUUAAUGUCAACGAUGAAGCCCCUGAAUUCUCCCAGCCUGUGUAUCGAACGUUCGUUUCCGAGGACGCCGGUCCCAACACGCUUGUUGCCACAGUCCUGGCCAAAGAUCCAGAUGGCGAUGGCAUAACCUACUCCAUAACCGCAGGCAAUGAAGAGGGAAACUUUGUCAUUGACAGCCAGAAAGGUUUGAUCCGUCUGCGCUCUACUCCCCUGCCAAAGCUUCAAGGUUUGGAGUAUGUCUUGAAUGUAACAGCCACAGAUGACAAUGCAUCAGGCGGGCUGCACCCUCUUAGUUCUAAUGCCCGGGUCGUCGUUGGAGUUGAUGACGUUAACAACAACAAACCAAUAUUUGAGCAGUGCCAGCAGUACCGAGAGCAGGCUUCAGUGCUGGAGAACCAGCCGGCGGGGACUUUUGUGUUGCAAGUGCAUGCAGUGGAUGCAGAUGAGGGAGCAAAUGGGAAAGUGAAAUAUGGCUUAAUGCAUAGAGACAGCGCCAUGCCUGCCUUCAGAAUCCAUCCAGACACAGGAGUGAUUGUGACAGCUCGACGCUUCGACAGGGAGCGGCAGAGAGAGUAUUCAAUUACAGUAACGGCCACUGAUUGGGCAGAGGAGCCGCUCAUUGGCAUCUGUCAGCUCGCCAUACAGAUACUGGACCAGAAUGAUAACAGCCCCAAGUUUGAGAAUUUGCGCUAUGAGUAUUUUUUAAGAGAAGACACCUUGGUUGGUACCAGUUUCCUUCGUGUUGCAGCUCAUGAUGAUGAUUUUGGUACUAAUGCAGCCAUUACUUACUCCAUGUCAGUGGAGCAGCCUGAGUACCUGCAGGUCAACCCUGUGACUGGAUGGGUCUUUGUCAACCAGCCCAUAUCUCAGAGAACCUAUAUAACACGGGACAUCAUUGCAACAGAUGGGGGAAAUCGCAACACUUCUGUGGAGCUGGCAGUUACCAUUACCAACGUGAAGAACCAGCCUCCUCAGUGGGAGAAAGACAGCUACAAUGUUGUCAUACCUGAGAAUACUGCCAGGGACACACCUAUAGUGACAAUAAAGGCCACCUCUCAGCUGGGUGACCCGAGAGUGACCUACAACCUUGAGGAUGGCAUGGUGCCUGAAACCAACAUGCCAGUUCGUUUCUACCUCUCACCAAACCGUGAGGAUGGAUCUGCUUCCAUUCUGGUGUCAGAGCCGCUGGACUAUGAGACCACACCAUUCUUUUCUUUAAGGGUCCGAGCACAGAAUGUCGCUGCGGUCCCUCUAGCAGCUUUUACAAGGGUGUAUGUUAAUAUUACAGAUGUCAACGACAAUGUGCCGUUUUUUACAUCCUCUAUUUACGAGUCCUCGGUAACAGAAGGAGCCCAGAUCGGAACUUCGGUUCUCCAAGUGUCUGCCCAUGACAAAGACCUGGGUCUUAACGGAGAGAUCACUUACUCUUUGCUCAGCGACAGCAGCGGCGACCACAACUUCUUUCGUAUUGACCCCCAAUAUGGAAUCAUCUACACAGAAGCGGUAUUUGAUCGGGAAGCCCGUAGUUCCUACCUGCUCGAGGUUCAGUCAGAAGAUGGCCAAGAGUCAGCUCGACCUGGCAAAAAUAAACAGCCCAACACAGACACAGCAUAUGUGAGGGUUUUCAUCAGCGACGUCAAUGACAACAAGCCAGUCUUUGCUCAGCGACUGUAUGAAGUCGGUGUCGAUGAGAAUGCAGAUGUUGGCCUGGCUGUCGUCACCGUCAGCGCCACUGACGAGGAUGAAGGAGCCAAUGCCAAGCUCCGCUACCAGAUAACAUCUGGCAACAAAGGAGGUGCUUUUGACAUCGAGCCGGAGGUUGGGACAAUCUUCAUUUCACAGUUAUUGGACUAUGAAAAGCAAAAGAGAUACAAGUUGCUGGUUCUUGCCUCAGAUGGAAAGUGGGAAGACUAUGCCGCUGUUGUGGUCACCAUAGUCAAUAAAAACGAUGAAGCACCUGUGUUUUCUAUGAAUGAGUACUAUGGAUCGGUCACAGAGGAGCUUGAUGGGUCUCCUGUUUUUGUGCUACAGGUUACAGCCACUGACCCAGACAAAGAUGCAGACCAGGGAGCCAUCAGGUACUCCAUUCAUGGCCAAGGUGCUGAGUCCCAUUUCAUGAUCAAUGACAUCACAGGGGAGAUGUACGCCCAGCGAACCAUGGACCGAGAGGAGCGGGCCGUCUGGCGCUUUGUUGUUAUGGCAACGGACGAAGAAGGCGAGGGGCUUACUGGCUUUACAGAUGUUAUUAUCAACGUGUGGGACAUCAAUGACAAUGCCCCAACCUUUGUGUGUGCACCCGAUAAUUGCCAUAGCAGUGUGGCAGAAAAUUCACCUCCUGGAACGUUUGUUGUGGAAAUGACUGCUGUGGAUCUGGACGAUGCAGCUGUGGGUCAAAACGCAAUCCUCACCUACCGGAUUAUAGAGAAUGCACAAAAUUCAGACAAUGCAAACCUGUUUACUAUUGAUUCAAGCACUGGCACCGUAUCCGUGGCAGCAGACGGUCUGGAUAGAGAGCGUGCUGAUAGGCACCACCUGGUUGUGGAGGCCAGGGAUGGUGGUGGUAUGAUUGGCACGGCCACUGUCACAAUUGUGGUGACAGACAUCAAUGACCAUGUGCCAAAAUUUAUAGAGGACUGGUGUGGUGCUCGUGUACCUGAGAGCACACUUGAGGACUCUUCCCUCUUGGAGCUGAGUGCUGUGGACCCUGAUGAUGGUAGAAAUGGUCAGUUGUCAUACAGCAUCUUUGCAGGGGAUACAGAGCAGCGAUUCUACAUAGUUAGCCACAAACUGGAGCAGAAGGGCACUCUAAGACUGAAAAAGAAGCUGGACUUUGAGCAUCCAGAUGAGCAGAGGUUUAACCUGACAGUCAAAGUGGAGGACUCAAAUUUUUCCAGUCUUAUUCACUGUAUGAUCCUUGUUGAAGAUGAAAAUGAUAAUGCGCCUGUUUUUACCCCAAGUUUUCACCUGCUGUCCCCUGUACCUGAGGAUGUACCAGUAGGAACCAGCAUAAUUCAGGUCAUAGCCUCUGAUUCUGACUCAGGCCCGAACGGAGAUAUUUUUUACAGCAUCCUCCCACAUUCAGACCCCUAUGGACACUUCAGAGUCAACCGAGGUGGUGUUGUCACUGUCACGCAUUCACUGGAUAGGGAGACGGUGGCAGGUUAUGAGCUGGUUGUCAUGGCGACAGACCGUGGCACCCCAGCCCUUACUGGCAGUGUCACGGUCCACUUGCCUUUGCUUGACAUGAAUGAUAACGGGCCAGAGCUGGAGAUGCUCUAUGCUCCAGUGCUGUGGGAGAACAGUCCCGCUCCUCAAGUGGUCUGGCUUAACGGGAGCUCAACUUUACUUCAUGUUGUGGACAGAGACUCCCCAGAGCAUGGACCUCCAUUCCUCAUCUCCCUUCCCUCAGAGUACUCUGCUGACUUCCACCUUCAGGACCAUGGGAAUGGCUCUGCCACACUCACCACCCUCCGGAGAUUUGACAGAGAAAGGCAGAGAGAGUACCAUUUACCGGUGGUAAUGAUUGACAGUGGACUUCCACCGAUAACAGCCACAAGCACUCUCAUCAUCACUAUUGGUGAUCAUAACGAUAACGCCCAUCAGGCAGGGGAGAAAGAUGUCUAUGUGCAUAGCCGCAAGGGAAGGAUGGGAAAUGCAGCUCUAGGGAAGGUGUAUGCCCCAGAUCCAGAUGAUUGGGACAACAAGACCUACAGUCUGGAGACAAGUGCAGCCAAAUACUUUAGUGUGAAUCAGAGCUCAGGAGUGCUGACUGUCCGACAAAACACUCCAGUAGGCAGCUAUUGGUUAAGAGUUGGAGUGUCUGACGGCGUAUGGCCUGAUGUGAUAGCAGGAGUUAGGGUUCAUAUCAGAGAGCUGGAGGAAAAGGCCAUUCAGUCGUCUGCUUCUCUGCGUUUGACAGGCAUUACAGCAAGAGAAUUUAUCGACUCAAACGUCGAGGGGAAAAGUCGGCUGGAGGCAUUCUGGGACUUCCUGACUGAAACCCUGUCUGUCAGACCAGGAAGUAUCAACAUUUUCAGUGUAGCAGACAGAGAGGCGAGAACAGUGGACAUUCAUUUCUAUGUGCUAACCGAUAAUGGCUACUUGCGCCCAGAGAAACUGCACACCGCCCUAGCAGCACAUAAAAAGAAGCUGCAGUCAAUCCUCCGUGUGAAUGUGAGCCAGGUGCAGGUAGAUGAGUGUGUGCGCACUGACUGUAAGACAUCCGGCGGCUGCUACACACAGUUAAGCGUCAGUGACUCACCCGCCUUGAUAGACUCUGGUGCUUUAUCCCUGGCUUCAGUGAAAGUGACAUCUUCAGCUGUGUGUGGCUGUGCUGCUAGAGAAAUGACCCACCGGACGUGCUCCUCUUACCCAACUUACCCCUGCCUCAAUGGAGGGACAUGCUUCGACACACAAAAUGGGUACAGGUGCCACUGCCCCCCACAGCUCGAAGGGCCAGACUGUCAGCAGACGAGACUUAGUUUCCUUGGUAACGGCUAUGCCUGGUUUCCUCCCAUAAGGCCAUGCUUUGAUAGCCAUCUUUCACUCGAGUUUAUGACAGAGGAAGAAGACGGACUGCUUCUGUAUGCAGGCCCUUUGGCCACUCUUUUACCGGGGGAUAAUGAAGACUACAUCGCCAUAGAACUGAUUGGUGGGACUCCAAGCCUUAAAAUCAACCAUGGUUCUGGGACCUUAGUUCUCCAGUUAACAAAUGUUGGAGUGAGUGACAAACUUUGGCAUCGACUUGAUGUGAGGACCAACAGCAAAGAAGUGCGCCUAACCCUGGAUCGAUGCUCAAGUGCGGUAGUCAUGGAAGCCGAGGGAGUGGAAUCAUGGGCGAUGACAGAGGAUCGCUCAUCCUGUGAAAUACGAGGGGUCACACCAAACAGGGAUAAGUACCUGAACGUAAGUCAUGUUCUGCAACUAGGAGGAGUCAACGAGAACAUAUCAUAUGAAUAUCCACAGCUGCAACACAAACACUAUACUGGAUGUAUAAGAAACCUGAUUGUGGACAGCAAGUUGUAUGACCUUGGUUCCCCUGCUGAAUCCUUCAGCACUUCGCCAGGCUGCAGUCUUAUUGAUAACCACUGCACUGACUUGGAGCAGAAUCCCCCCUGUGGAAAGCGGGGCAGCUGUCAUGGGGAAUGGGGCUCUUUCAGCUGCCUGUGUGAAAAAGGGUUUACAGGCCCGCAUUGUGAUCAAGUGACUCCAGAGUUUUCAUUCGACGGCCGGAGCCACAUUCAGCUGCAGCUUCUGUGGUCCCUGCCUGCAAGGCGAACACAAGUACAGAUUGGGGUCCGGACUCGUGCGUUAACUGGGGUCAUCCUUAGCUUGCUGUCCCAGGAGCAGAGUGAAUACCUGCGUUUAGAGGUUUUCCAUGGUCUGCUGGCUGUUUUAUACAACCUAGGAGAUGGAGACUACAAUAUCUCUCUGCCGUACCAUCGUCUGGAUGACGGGGAAUGGCAUGAGGUGGAGUUGGAUCGGUACGGCAGAGAGUUCACCCUAAGGCUGGAUGGAGGUGGGGGGCGACUUGAAGUCACAGCCUCACCUGGCCAAAGUCAGGAGAUCAUUAUUGACCCCUCUGUGGUCAUGCUUGGGAACUCUUUUCCAUCAGGACACAAUCGCAGUUUUCUUGGCUGUUUGCGUGAUGUGAGGCUUAACGGCCGCUCCAUUCCCCUGGAUCAGGACCAGCAUUCAGAAGGACUUCAGGUGUUGGUUGCUUCGCAGGGCGUCUCUGUCGGCUGCUACUCAGAUUCCUGCAGAAAGCAUCACUGCUCCCCUCCCUUGGUCUGUGUGGACCUCUGGAGACAGCAUGAUUGCAGGUGCCCUGCGGGCCACAUGACCAAAGAGACCUCCGUGGGCAGAGUGUGCAUUUACACGCUCUGCGCUAGCCGGCCGUGUCGACAUGGCACGUGCGUGGCUCACUCGCCGUCCCGCUACUCGUGCCACUGCAGUGAGGGCUACCGGGGGCGGCACUGCGAAGUGGCCCUUGCCGUGUUCUACAGUGAGGAUAGCAACAGCCUCAGCCUCAGCUCCAUGUUUGCCAUCAGCAUCUGUGUCAUGGCCUUUCUAGUGUUGAUGCUGGGGCUGUUUCUUUACUCCUGCUGGAGGAGACACAAAGGCCUGAAGGAGGGUGUUUACCACGUGUCUGCACACCACGGCGAGUGGGAGGACAUCCGAGAAAAUGUGCUCAACUACGACGAGGAAGGUGGCGGGGAACAGGACCAGAAUGCUUUUAACAUGGUGGAGCUGCAGCGCUCCCUCCAGCCCAGCCCUGCACAGUCCCUACGCUACAGCUAUCCGCAUAACUCCAGCUCCUACCCCCAGACGAAGCUUCCUCAAGACAACAACAAAAAGGGGAUGGCAAAUGGGAAUGGCAGUGCAGCUAUUGCACUGCGUCUGGCCAUCCCUCCCUCAGAGGCUGAAACCUUGUCCUCACCUCUGACCUUCCGCCGCUCACAAAGAGCCUUCUCCUUCUCCAGCCAAGACUUGGCUCGCUACCUUUGUGAGGUUAUCAGAGACAUGGAGCAUGCAGAGGACCCUGGAAGCUUGACCACACCACGCCGUCCCUCUGGAAAGGAGCACAGCCUGGCCUCUGUGCGCUCCCUAAGCUCUCUCAGUGCAUCCCAGGGUUCGGAAGUCAGGCUUCACGCCGCCCAGAUAACCCGGAUGGACACAUUUAGAGCCCUUCGUGCCGUGAUGUGUGAUCUAAGAGGAGACUCCAAGAUUCCAGACAGCCAGAGAGACAAACUUAAGGAGAGCAGGGGGCAGUUGAAGUGUGAGAAGAACGGGUGAAGUUAUGCUCUAAGAAACGGGACUGUAAGUUGCCAAAAAAAACCCAGCAACAUUAAUCAGAAAUCAAUGGUGGAAAUCUAAAGGGAGGUCAUUAAAUGUGAAAUACUUUGACUCGAAAGGCUGCGCUGAGUCUGUGUGAAUUCUCUAAUAAAUGUAAUGUAUUGAAGAAACUUUGAAGAUAUAUGUUCUUUGAUAUAACAGAUGUUUACCAAUGAAUGAUCAGAUGUGAUGUAUUGUUUAUUUGGAAUUGCACUGUACAGUAUUUAAUUUACAGAAAACACUUUUUGCAGGCGCCCUGUGUCAAAACAACCCAUGUCAUAAAGCUCACAGAAGAAAUGGUUCCAAGCAGUGGGCCAAAUGAGUUUUCUCUGAGAAAACUGGAUUCUUUUUGCUGUUAAUGACUCAUGAAAUCAUUUAUGUGACAAAAUGAGAAUUGUUUCAUUUGUAUUAUCUUUUUCCUUUAAUA